GUAUGGGACACGUUCCAAGCAGUUCUCUAAAGUGCGGAUCAUUUAACGCACGGUUCAGAGACAGUCCAGCAGGCGGGAUUGUGAAUGGACUUGGCAUUUGUAUCGAAACAAAGUGGGUUUUAUUCCACUUGUGUAAAACGCAUUCUACGAGGGACAGUACACAUCGCACUUCACGGAGAGGUUACUCGUUGACCGCAGCGUCAUGAUGUCUCGAGGUCAUUUCGCAUCUUCUGGGCGCAUACUGUUGGUUCAACAUGCCUACAACAGCCUCGACAAGAACGAUGUCCGACUCCCUUGUCCUGGACGAAGACCAGUACCGCACAUGGAAGUACCAGCUUCGAGACUCGGUUCUCCACGCCAUGCAGAGCAGUCCCGCAAGCCGCGAGGCCGACGCCAAGUUUGAAGGGUACCGUCUAUCUUCGUCCGAGAAGCACGCGACCCUUCGUGUGUUCAAACGCAAAGCCGCCCAGAUCAAGCAGCACAAGAAGUCGCCGUUCGUGGAAGUGCUGAGCAUCAACACGUUCGACAGCUCGACCGUGUCCCUCGACGACAUCGCGUACGCGUUCCACAAUGCCACCACGCACGACCACCGCAACCACACCGCCAUGAAUUUCCCCAGCCGGUUCGUCGACGGUGCCAUCCUCAACACAACGCUAUCAACCUGUGUCGAAGAUCCAUUCCAGUGGUUUGGGGUCAAGUCGCUCGUGCUGCGCUUCGACCUGAGCGUCGCGCGUCGAAGUGCAACGUACGUCGAGUACUCUGGGACGACCGCCGACCGCGAAGGCCACAAGGUGCUGUUCGUGGUGCGGGAGUCAUGUCCAUCGCUCAUCUCACCAACGUCACCGUCGUUUGUGUUCAAGGAGCAUCUGUUGUUCACGCAACUCGCCGACUUUCGCAUCGAAGGCGUGCACUACUACCAUGCACAGGACGACCCCAAAGGAACCAAGUACCCGUCGUUCCUCUUCAACAAGCAAGCGGUGCAGCACGGCCACUUGCUUGAGCACGUGCCCCACAUCUGUCGGCAGAAGUGGCUGCUCGCGGCCCACCGUCGUCCGCCGCCGCUGUUGACGUCGUCAACAACCAUCUUGUGCGAGUCGUGCGACUCGACGAAAACGACCAAGCGCCACCCCUGCCGCGCCUGCGGGUACGCCGUCUGUGCCAAGUGCAUCGUGUGGGCGUCGGAAGCCGCGCCUCACGCCGGCGGCGUGGCCAAGGUCGUCGUGUGCAAACGGUGCUACGUCGUGGCCAGCCACGUGCAACCGUCGAAACAGAAACUUGAAUCCAACAACGUCCGGUUAUUUGACGGCGGCCCUCCUACUUCCGGACAAAACGACCACGGCAUUGAAGGGGACGACAGCCUCCGCGACAACGUGCCCCCGGAGCUGCUCGCCAUGCCGCUAAACAUGUCGAGCUCAUCCGUAGACAAGAAUGGUCGGGAGAGCAACUUGACGUGCCGCUCGACGGUGCAAAGCGAAGACUUUGUCAUGACAUCGCCGUAUGAACCAAGCGAUGGCGACAGCGACGACGACGAGGACCUGACGGCGAGCUUUGUUCGAGUGAGCCAAGGCCUCCAAGCCCAGAAACACCUCGUCCAUCAAAUGCAAAGGCAUUUUGGCUUGGUCAGCACUUAAGCGAGCGAUGCUGCCAUGGGGGACAAUGUCUCGAUCGCAGAGACUCUACUUAUAUAACUUAUUCAAAGUAUAUCUUCCUA